UACACUCACCAUACACCAUUGACGCCCGUGGACUUGGCCUCCGGCUUUUAAAAACCUCAAUUCCACUUGUCUCACAUUGAAGUUGCUUCAAGAAAGAUUCCUUUUUUAUGUGUUGAUGGAGAAAAAUGCAUGCUAGUUUAAUACAUUUUUUUUAGUGGGAUCAUAUUUUUGUGUUUACAUGAAUCAAAAGUGAAUUUUCAAUCUGUAAGUUUCACUUUCCUGAUCAACAAGAAGGGCCAACUAGGGAGUGGAGUGAUUCACCACAAUGUUGUCCCUUCUCAUGCUGUGAGAUGACGUCAUGUGAUGAGUCUUUGGAAAGUUCUGAACUUGCCCUAUUAGUUUGUGCAACAUAUGCAUUAUAAAUGUUGAUUUCAAUGUGCAUUUUCGCCGCACAAAAACUUUUUUUGCUGAAUAAGUUCCUGAUAUGCCAAUGUCAAGCGAGUCACUAAGAAGAGGCUGUGCUGCUGGGAAGGACAAAGAAGACGCAGGUAAAUCCACAGUUUAUCACCAUGGUCCAUGUCAGUCGAGUUAUUUCAGUCAUUCAAGUUGGAUGUUGGGGUUUUUAUAGGUUUCUGCUUGUUUAGAGUACAGUUAAAUUAUUAUUAAGAUGACCAUAAAUCCAAAUCCUAUCAAGGUAUGUUGCCAUGUUUGUCUGUUUCAGCUAUUCUGUUGACUAAAGAACAGUUCUUAUACAGAACUUCAAAAAGAACUGUAGACUGUGAUCUGUUAGAGUUUAUUUUGAAAGAAAUACGUUUCCUGUUUCUUCCACAGUCAACUGCUGAAGCACAUAAACCAGGAAGCUGAAACAUGAGAAAUGAAGUGGUUAAAAAGCAGGCCUUGGGUUCGUCAUGACAUUGUUUUUCAUUCUUGACAAACAGACUAUUACUGCUGUCAUCUGCUUUUCACAUAAAAAAACAGUCAUUAUGAUAAUCCCUCUAGGUUUCUUUCCUUCCUUCUCUUCCCUAGUUUCAUUGCUAUAAGCUGUCACUGCAGAAUGUACUUGAUGCCGUGACUCCAGAGCCCCCUUCACUUUGCCCAUUGUCAGAUCAGGUUUCUACUUUCGGUUUCCAUUCCCACCUCAGCUGAUCACAGCCGAGUCAGCUCUGAGUCAGGCCAGAUCCGCUGAAGCUCACAAACGGCUGACAGCCUCUGCAGACGGCUUGAACAGAAUGGCAGAGAUUAAACUGCGGCCGUAUCAGGAGGAAGUGGUGCAGCGAGCACUGAAGGGGGAGAACACCAUUAUUUGGCUGCCAACUGGAGCAGGGAAGACCCGUGCUGCGGUGUAUGUGGCCAAGAAACACCUGGAGAGCAACCCGCACGCCAAAGUGGUUGUUAUGGUCAACAUGAUUCACCUGGCCAAUCAACAUUACGAAAGCGAGUUUUCUCCGUACCUGGGCGACAGCUACAAGAUCAAAGCGGUCAGCAGCGACAGCCCAGAGAAGGACUUCUUCGGCUCGGUGAUCCGGUUGUCAGACGUGGUCAUCUGCACGGCACAAAUCCUUUACAAUGCUAUGACCAGCCGGGAGGACUUGAAGCACCUGGACCUUUCAGCUAUCACUCUUCUGAUCAUCGACGAGUGUCACCACACCAUCAAGGAGGGAGUCUACAACAAGAUCAUGAGAACCUACGUGGAGAGGACGCUGAGAGAUGAACGGCCUCUGCCGCAGAUCCUGGGGUUGACGGCAUCCCCGGGUGCAGGUCGUGCCAAGGACCUGGAGAAAGCUGUGGAGCAUGUGCUGCAGGUUUGCGCCAACCUGGAUGCAGAAAUCGUCUCCACGCGGACGGCUGUACAUGACCUUGAGACGACGGUGCCAAGACCCAAGAAGGUGUUGGAAAUCGUAGAGAAAAGACCUGUGGAUCCAUUCGGCAGCCACCUGAAAUGGAUGAUGGGGCAGAUCCACGAGUUCAUGCCGAUGCCGUCUGGCUUCUGUCUGAGAGAGUGUGGAACUCAAGAGUACGAGGCCGAUGUUGUUGAGCUGGAGAAGAUAGGGGCGACGCGGUUGAACAAGCGGCUGCAACAGUGUGCGCUGCAUCUGAGGCAGUAUAAUGACGCCUUGCUCAUUAACGACACCCUGAGAAUGAUCGACGCGUUCCGCUCCUUGCUGAGCUUCUACAACACCAAGUUGACCUACCAUGAGACGGACGAAUUCCUGGUGCGACUUUUUAGAGAGAAUCAGGCGAAGCUGAAGAAGAUGGCAGAUGAUACAGAGUAUGAGAACCCGAAAAUGGCUCGACUUGAGAGCACUCUGCUGAAGCACUUUGUGGAUGCGCCGGAGUCCCGGGCCCUCCUCUUCAGCAAGACCCGUAAGAGCACUGGGUACUUGAAUGACUGGAUCCAGAGCAACAGCGCGUUGCAGGACGCGGGCAUCAAGUCGGCCAUCCUGACUGGGGUCGGGAACAUGACCCAGUGCGAACAGCUGGAGACCAUUGCCAACUUCCGCUGUGGCAAACUCAACCUCCUGGUCUCCACUAGUGUGGCAGAAGAAGGCCUUAACAUCCAGGAAUGUAACCUUGUGGUGCGCUACGGGCUCCUCACCAAUGAGAUCGCUCAGAAGCAGGCCAGCGGUCGCGCCCGAGCUGCCAACGGCGAAUACUCCGUGGUAGCAGACAAAAACGGGAAGGAGCUGAAGCGGGAGUUUAUCAAUGAGCAGUUGGAUGAGCUGACUCGGCAAGCCAUCGCAGCGAUCCAAGAGAUGAGUCGGGCAGAGCUUCGCUCCAAGAUCAGGAAGAUUCAGAGGGAAUCACUUUCUGCCCGCAAAGCUGCUGAGUCCACAAAGAAAUGCAAUGUUGCCGAUGAUGUUGUUCUGUUGUGCCGGGAGUGCCACGAGCCAGUGGCCCGAGGCAGUGACAUCAGAGUUGUGGAUAAUGUCCACUACGUCAACAUCAAUCCAAGGUUUAGGAAGUUCUACAAGCUUGGUGCGCUGGUGGUUCUGGACAAGAGCUUUGCAGAUAUGGAGCCGGGGCACAUGAUCGCCUGCCAAAAUUGUGGAAAGGAUUGGGGCUCUGAGAUUAAGUACAAAGGCAUCGCUGUGCUGCCCAACAUAUCCAUCAAGCACUUCACCGUGGAGAUGCCCUCCGGUCGCGUGGUCGUGAAGAAGUGGAAGAAGGUCCCAUUUAUGGUGGAGGAGUUCAACCUCUCGGAGUAUUGUGAAGAAAACGGCUGCGAUCCCCUCGACUGAAGCUGCUGGAUAAGAAUGUUGGGGACUUCAGUCCGCUCUCUCUCUCUCCCCCACUCAUAUGAAAUGGCCACUUUGUUUACACACUGGAUCUCAGUGGGUGUUGUGCUUCAUCACCAGCUUCCGGUUUUAAAACUCUGGUUUGAAUUAAAAUAUUUAUUUUGUUUUAUGUCCAUGAAACAGUGCUGGGUCAGACGCUGAGAUUUAAGAUGUGUUGGAUCGAGGCUGAGGAGCAAGUUGUGAAUGUAUUGACUUAAUUGUGUUUUUGUUUUAUAAAAAGUGGGAAAUUGCGCGUAUGCUAAUUUUAAGAGAGUUUUAAUGCCGAUUAACGCUAUCAUGAAUGUAUACAUGUGAUCCAAUAAGGGCAGUGUUGUUUAGUGGGGGCUGUUUUCUAUGUGAUCUAAAGUAUUACCAUGGAGAAACUGUCUUAAUAAAUCGUGAAAUGAUAUUUCAAUGUUGUCAUUAAAGCAGGAGUGAAAUCAGGAAGUUGAAGAAUUAAAAAUUGAAACGCUGCAUGAUUAGGGAAAAAUGUAUAAAUCUUCAGUUAAAGAGACAAAUGGAAACGAUUCAUUGAAGGAUAGGGGAAGAAAUUGACUGAAAAAUGGAUGCUUUUAAGUAAGAAGUUAGUCUUGCAGCAGUGUAUUUGCUGUGUAAUCCAUUCCAGCGCAUUUAUAAGCGUUAAGCCAUUUGUGAUGGUUAUAAACUCGUCAUGGUCACUAGAUGGCAGUAUUGAACAGGAAAUACAAAGCUCUUACUAGCUCUGUUCUAAAAGUGGAAAAUUGUGAGGUUUUAAUAUCAACAGAUGAGUUCAAAGUGGCCAGGUAUUUAUUAACUUGCACUCGUUUCUUCUGCACCUGGAAAGGAGCCUUUUCUUUCAUUAACACAUUUUGCAUCUUGUUUUCACAGGACUAGCGUCUGUAAGUCUGAAAACGUAACGUUCAAACCGUCACAUUUAAGCCAACAAAAGAGGAGAAGCGGCCAAUGUAAGUUACUAACAGUUCAAUAUAUUUUUUUGGAAAUGAACAUGGCGACUAACACGAUGAACGUCACU